AUGGAGUCCAUCGUCGCUGCCUACGGAUCAUCGUCCGAAUCAUCACACGACGCUGCUUCCUCCUCGUCCGACAGCGAAGCGGGAUGUGCCGCCACUGGAGAUGAUACUCAGGUUGGCACUAAGCGGAAGCGCUCCGAUGAGCAGCAGUGGAAACGAGCUUUCCCUCACGUUGAUGGCAACUGGCCAAGCCACGUACGAAUCGAUAUUCCCGUCACCCACGAACUUCGUGAGCUGGCGAGACACGCUAUCGAGCGAGCUCAGGAGAUUGUCGGCGACGCGGUAGCAAUGUUGGCUUUCGAGGAGCUUGGACUGACAUCAACUGGAGCAACUGAUUAUCUGCACCUGAGUCUAUCGCGACCGUUUGUCCUCACGUACGACCAGAUUAACGGUUUUGUGGACUCACUGCGUGCUGCGCUCAAAUGGCAACAACGGUUCAGCGUUACCCUGCGGCGCGCUCUCGUGCUGGCGAACGAUGAAAAAACUCGCUCGUUCUUAGCGCUUCGAGUUGGUGAAGGAGAGCAGCAAUUCACUCAAGUGCUGCGCUGUGUGGAUCAGUGCCUCUCUCGCGUCGAACAGCCUACUUACUACAAGGAUCCCAUUCCGCAUGUUAGCAUCGCCUCUUCCCUGGGUGAAGAGCUCGCGCAACUAACAUCGGACCAAUUUCACGUCGCCAUAGGCAACAAACACUACGACAUUCCACUCCGGUAA